UUGGCCCGGCCCUCGGGUGUACUAUGUCUGGCUCUUCCAGCGUCGCCGCCAUGAAGAAAGUGGUUCAGCAGCUCCGGCUGGAGGCCGGGCUCAACCGCGUGAAGGUUUCCCAGGCAGCUGCAGACUUAAAACAGUUCUGCCUGCAGAAUGCUCAGCAUGAUCCUCUUCUGACUGGAGUAUCCUCAAGUACUAAUCCCUUCAGACCGCAGAAAGUCUGUUCCUUUUUGUAGUCAAAUGAAUUCUUAAGAGUUUCCCAGACCACUUUUAACCAACCAGUGACUAUUCAGAAAAAGAAAAUUGAAGCCUGUACAACAACUUCCCCUUUCUUAACAUGUGCCAUAACAUACAAACUUCUACUUUGUCAGUUCUUCACAUCCACCUCUCUGGAUUUUCAUGAAUUUCUAUUUCACGAGGGUAUUUUAUAUAUGCUGGUGCCAACAUACAAUAAAAUACUU